GACGAUGGCAAACGACGAUUGACGCGAGAAAAGCAAAAAUACAUUUUAUCUCCUGUGCCUGUGGUUCAUUUUAUUGAAUUUGUGCGGGCAGAUUCGGUGUUAUUGAUAGUGUUUCCUCCUGCGGGAAGAGUGCACGAGGCGUGUGUGAAAAUGGAUGAGUUCGCGCUGUGCUGGAACAACUUCCAGGACAAUAUUGCCACUGGUUUCCAGAAUCUCUUCGAUCGUGGCGACUUAGUGGACGUCUCUCUGGCUUGCGACGGCAAAAUUUUGCGUGCCCACAAGAUUGUCCUGGCCAUCUGCAGUCCCUACUUCCAGGAGAUGUUCAUCACCAACCCCUGCAAGCAUCCCAUCAUCAUCCUCAAGGAUGUGACUUACACGGUGAUGUCGGAACUGCUGCAGUUCAUGUAUCAGGGCGAGGUGAAUGUGAAGCACACCGAGCUGUCGUCGUUCAUGAAGAUCGCCGAGACGCUGCAGAUCAAGGGUCUCACGACGACGCAGAAGCCGUCGUCGGAGAGGCACAAUUCGGCGUCGCCCAAGGCGGCGGCCGACGGCCAAGCGGCGCAGGUGGCCGUGAGUGGCAGCAAUAACAAUGUGAUAGAGACGAAGAUCAACACGGGCGGGUAUCCGAAGGCGCUUGAGGCGGGCCAGAAGCGCUCGAUGGACUUCCCGGCGGACGGAUUCUCCAUCUAUCCGCGGAAGCAGAUGCGCACGCGGACGUCCGAGGGUCAGGACGAGGGUGAACUGCACUCAGCGGACUCCAUGGACCACAUGGCGGCCGAUGAGGUCUUCCUGCCGCCCAUUCCGCAGAUUUCCAUGGGUGAGCCGCGCUUCGACCUCAACAACGUGAAGCGGGAAAGUGUGGAGCCCAUCAACAGCACAGGUGGACCAAUGAGGUCCGUGCCUGGGCCGGGAUUCAAUCUAGAGUACAACAGCGGCGUGUAUUUGAACAAAAACAUUGAGUAUCCCAAUGAGCUGCACAUGGCCAACGAUUUCUCCAAAUCCAACAUUCACAUGGACAUUCCGGCGGGUAGCAACGUGAAGAUGCUGUCGACGACGAGUCUCCUGCACGGCAAUUGCAUUUUCAAUCGCAACAACACCGUGGCCACGCAGCAGGGCAUGAAGACGUACUGGCUGUGCAAGUCCUACCGGAUAACCAUGUGCCGUGCGCGGUGCAUCACGCACCAGGGCCGCGUGAUCUCCGCCACGGGCGUGCACAACCACCAGCCGCACAUGAAGGGCGCCGCGGCGGCGGGUGAGAUGAUGCCGGGCGCCGCGAGCAUGCGACUGGCGCAGGGCAUUGAGGCGUCGCCGGCGACGUCACAGCCGCAGAUGGCGAGUGUGUCGCCGCAGCAGCAGCAGAGCAUGAAUGCUCAGCAGAUGCACCAGCAGAACCACCAUCACCAGGCGCCGGCGCACCACCACCAGCCGCAUCCGAAUGUGAUGCACAACGUCCUGAGUCACAACAACCUCAUGCAGCUGACCAACAUGAGUCCCAUCAUCAAUCCCGGGCAACAGCAGCAGCAGCACCACGUGAAUGUCCAUCAGCAGGGCAUCCAUGGGCCGCCAGUGCACAACAGCGGCCACCAUCUGAGCCCCAACAAUGCGGCGCCGCCGCAGCAGCAGCGAGGCUCCGUGGUGCAGCACCAGCAGCCGCAAGAGGCGGCCAGUCUGCAUCACAGCGCCGCGCCAAGUAGUCAAGCCAUGCCCGUCACGCCCACGUCCGUUGCUGUGUCGCCGGCGGCCAGUCAGCAGCAGCCGACGCCGCCCAGCGAAGAGCCUUGCCAGCAGCACGACAUCCCCGUCUCCACGGCCGCCGGCCUCAUGUCGCCCGGCGGCGGGCAGGCGUUCAAGCUGGAGCACGGCAUGUAGGAUCAGGUGAAGGUGGAGCGAGAGGAGAAGGACUCUCCGCCUCACGGCGUCUGUACUUAAGUUUGCAAGGGAAAAGUUGUACAUCUUUUCACACUCAUUCGCAUCAUGAAGUCAUGCAUUUUGGGGGGGAAAUUUGGGGAUGUUUUCAAUAUUGAGAUGAACUAACAAUAAUAAUGAAUGCAUGCGUUUGUUGGGAAAUUAUUUGAUUUGAUUUGUUUUUGUGAAAUAUGAGAGUGAAACUGGGUUUAUUUUUAUACAAUCAUGCUUUUGCCCUUCGAUUUAAACCAUUUUCAGCUGAAAAUGGUGUUGAAAAGCCAAAAUUGGAACUAAUUUUGAUACGAAUUGCGCUCAAUUUGUCUUUUUCAACACAAUUUGGGGUGGAAAAUGCAUCAAAUUGAAUGGCAAUAGAGAUUGAUUAGGGAUUUAAAGAGUGACCUAAUCCGCUUAGAAUUUCAUUGAAAACAAAUAUAGAUUGUUAAACAAAGAAGUAACUUUGAAGUGAUCGAUAUUAAAAUAGGAAAAUUGUAUGUUUCAAGCUGUGAGGAAGAAAAUUCAAUCAUGUUUCACUGAUGUUUCACGUUCUUUUGCUGUCUUUUCGUCUGUUUUGUUAAGUUUUUGGUCAUUGAAAGUCCAUUUUGAGGAUCACAUAAUUGAUGUGUUUGGAUAAGAUGUACACCGUUUUCAAUGCAAUGUUUCUCCCUCGAUUGGGAAGAUAUUCAACAAAGUUCCAAGUCUAGUGUUUGGCAGUUAAGAUGCAAAAAGGGUAGCAAAAAAUUUGGGGGGAUGAAAAGUAGAUGAAAAAUCAUCAUUAAGCAAGCUAUAUGUAUAUGUUCAUUUAGAUUUCAUAAUUGUACAUGUAUUUUUGUGUAUUUUGUGUAUAAAAUGCGCUGAGGAAAUUGUGUUAAAGAGGCGGAGAAAUACCAAAUUGUGUGUCAUAAGGUGGAAAACAAGAAAGAGGGAGAGAAAGAGAGAGAGAGAGAGAGAGAGAGAGAGAGAGCGAGUGUUGCUGAGAAUGUUUUUUUAAUGCAUUACUUAAGGCAGAUUCUUCAUUAUUUGUGUGAUAUAUUUAAAGAGAAAAUAUUCAGAAUUGAGAUCUUUUGCGGAUCUCUUGGAUGAUUUUAGGAGUCAUGCUGAGCGUACUUUCCCUAUAUUUCCUAUAGAUAGACCAGUUUUUUUUGAUAAAUUAAUUUUCACAUUUGAGUGCAGAAGACGGAGAAAUAUAGACUAAAAUUAACACGCACCCUCUUUGCCUUCUGUUCUUCGUCCCGCUCGCGAUUCCCCGCUUCAGUCUCGCCCGGCGACAAGUGGUUCCACGGGAAGCUGGAGUUCAUGCUGAGUCAACGAGGGAAGCCGCUUCUCGUGCACGACGGCUACACGUUCGGCAUUCAGUACAUACGCA